UCUCCCCCCCCCCGGAACAAAACUGGAACAGAACCAGUAGUAAUGGCGUGUGCGUCUAUCUCGUAUAUUUGAUUUUCUCCGAUAAACCACAAAAAAAAGUCUGUAAUCACCCGUAAACUGGGCGUAUUCAUAUCCCACGGUCUCCCCGCGAUUCACCCCCGACUCCCCCAAUGUUCUCGCCCGAAGUGCCACCAACUCCCCCCCCGAAAUCGUGACAAAAAGGUUCUAGUGGUGCGCAGUGAAUGACGAAUACGUGUUGUAACGAAAUAAUAAGGGUACCAAAUGUAUCAUUUAAACGUGACUAACAUACCAACCAGCCUACAUGGUAAUUGUGACGCAGACUAGUGAAUUCCCUCUAAAUGAGACAAAGAUCACUCGAGGAAUAGCCCGAACAAUCGUAAUAUGAUAUUGGUGAGAUGAAGGUGACGGUGUGCUUUGAUUCAGUGAGAGUGGUGGUGCCUUGUGGCGAUGGCACCCUUUUGGUGCGUGAUUUGAUGCACGAGGCGAUACUGAGAUAUCGCAAGGCCACUGGUAAAACCGAUCCUGGCCCGACGAUAACGUCCCUGUCGUCGCUGACAGGGGGCGGUCUGCUGGACCCCGACGAUCGUCUGUGCGAUGUUGCUGACGAUCGUGAGCAGAUUGUGGCGCACUUCAGUGGGACUGAGGUGCCCCACGUGGGUGGGGAUGGUGCUAGUUCGGUGGGUACCAACAGUCCGGAGUUCUUCCAGCAUCAUGUGGACGUACAUGGGAGGGUGUCUGGGAUCAAGAGGGAGAGCACGAAGAGGCUGUCCAUGCACGCGCUGUCGACGAGGGAGCCCAAUCUGACGACUUAUUCGGCGCUGUCCCUACCGAGGGAGUCGAGGAGGCGAGAGCCACUGGGUCAGGACGCCAAGGCAGCUUUCGAGCUCUCCAGCAAGGCUGAACUGCUCCUGAAGGAGGAGAUUCGAGAGGUUGUCAUCAAGAACGAGGCCGGACCCCUGGGGCUUCACGUGGUGCCUUGCUACGACCUCUCUGGGGACGACCAGGGGCUGAGGGUCGAGGGGAUCGAGCCCAAUGGGAGAAUAGCCAAGGACGGACAGAUCGACCUCCACGACAAGAUCAUCAAGAUCAAUGGGCACAAUCUACUUCGCAUCCCCUUCACGAAAGUUCAGGAGAUCUUUCGAACCUGCAUGGCUGAGCCCUGUCUCAAAAUAUCCGUCGUCAAGAGCAAGAAGAGUAUGGAGAAGCAGAUGAGCUCGAAGAGCCUCCCUGACAAGGAGCAGGAGGAGAGCGUGAGGAAGCUACAGUGCAGCACUUACAAUCUUCUGCAGAAUGCCAACACCAGGAAAAUUGGGAGGAUUCUGGAGAUUGAGCUGACCAAGGGGGCUGAACCCCUCGGGUUCAGUGUCACCACGAGGGACAAUCCAGCAGGUGGUCAUUGUCCCAUUUACAUAAAGAACAUUCUUCCAAGGGGGCCUGCUGUUGAGGACGGGAGACUUCGGCCUGGGGAUCGACUGCUGGAGGUGAACAACGUGGAGAUGACUGGCAAGAGCCAGGACGACGUGGUCUCCUUGCUGAGGAGCAUUCCACCUGGGGGAAAGGUGAGGAUAACUGUCUCUCGACAGGAGGAUGUGCCCAGUGCAGCUGAUGCUUCGGGUUCUGAAGUGACACCAGACAAACCGACAGCUGAAAUGCGCUUUUCAUCGCCGAAAAAAGCGCCCAAGGCAGAGUCACCUCCAACUACUCCAUUCAAACAAGUGCCUUUGGACGAUGUCGUUCUCUCCCCGAGGAAAAAUCGAAUGAUUCUGACUCUGGAUAUACCAGUUCACGACUCGGAAAAGGCUGGACUUGGGGUCAGUGUCAAGGGGAAGACCAGCAGCACUGAUGAUCACUCGAGUAUGGACCUUGGUAUUUUUAUAAAAUCAGUGCUCAACGGUGGGGCAGCAUCGCGUGACGGUCGUCUACGUACCAACGAUCAAUUGCUCAAUGUCAAUGGUAAAUCUCUGCUGGGUUUAUCGAAUUCUAAGGCUAUGGAGACACUGAGAAGUGCCAUGCUCAAUACAAACAGCUCAGUAACAGGUGUCAUAACACUGACAAUAGCGAGACGAGUAUCGCCUGCGUACGAUAAUUGUGAUGGUAUUGGUAAAAUUGAGACUGCUAACAGUAUUUACGUGUCGGAUGAUAAAUCUGAUAAAAAUUGCCUCAAUCAGGAGGCCAUUGACGAGGAACUACUGCCAUCAUCGUCGUCACCCUGGAAUCCAGUUAUCGAUAGAUUAACAGAACAGUAUAAUAAGAAUAGUUUGAGAAAUGAGAGCUAUUGUUUGGCGACUAAUAAGACGUGGGUGGAGGGGAAGAAGGUGAUUAUUGGGGAGCAGGAGAUGCUGCUUGAGGAGUCCAGUGAGAAUGCGGAGGAGAAGAAGAGCGGUGAGGGGAAGGAUAGUCAUUAUGACAGCCAGUUGUCACUUGAGGAGUUCAAUUCAGCUAAAUUUUCGAGGGAUGCGCUGGGGAGGCAGAGCAUGUCGGAGAAGAGGCAUGCAGCGUUGGAUGCCAAGAGCACGGACACUUACAAGAGAAACAAGAAAAUCAGGGAGGGCAGGGAGAAGGAGAGCCAGGAGGAGGGAGGGGAGAAGAAGGAGGAGAAGGGGGAGAGCUCGUUCGAGGCAGCUAGGAAAAAAUUCGAGAAGUUUGAGAAGAAUUCAGAGGCCAAAUCAGAGUAUAUUUACACAAUUCCUGGGUGUAAUAGCAAGUACAUCUCGCCUAGGAAACAUUGGCUGGUGGAUGAGGGGCAUGGGAAUGUCGCCAAUGGACAGUUCAAGGAGGAGGGCGAGGGGUUCUCCAAUAGUCGAGGGGAUGUCAAGCAAGCCUCGUUGAAUUCAGCCCUCGACGAGAGGUACAAGAGGUCCAGGAAGAAGGGGGGCAUCAGGUCCAUGUUGAGGCUGGGGAAGAACAGAAAGUCUCUUAAUUUUGGGGAUAAUAUAGAGGGGAGACAUGAGACUACCUUUCGUCACGUGCAGAGGCCUCUGAUCCUGGAGCAACGACGACACAAGAGUAAAAUUAACGUCCAGAAGCCCAGAAAGCCUUUUUACCUCAGAGGUGUCUUCAAUGAGUUCGUCACACCAUUCUGGCCGGUAAAGAGUGAGCCGAAGCCUCUCUGGGAAUUGUGUGACAAUGUCACAAACCCGAAGAAGACAAAUUUAUCUGAGGAACCCCAUCCCUACCAGGUGGUCCUGGCGAGGGAGUGCUUGAAUUGGUACAAGAACUCACGAAUGGUCGCGUUUCUCCACAAGAAUUCCAUUAAGGGUGAGGACGAGAUGGAUCUGCGGAUUCUAUUGAGACGGGACAACAUGUUCCUGAAGUACUGGGGAAUGAAUACUGCUAAGGUCGCCCUCAAGGGGACCCGGUACGAGACUGUUCUGCCACUGUUCUGUUGCCCUGGUGCUAUCGUUUUCAGUCCUGAAUGGAAUGUUCCAAAAUUGAGGAAAUGCCUCAGGACUACUCCGCAGUUUGUACUCAUGGCUGGGAUCCUAGACGAUAGGCUGCUCAACGUCAACGAUUUCCUAAAAUACGGUCAAAUGGAUAUAACGUCAGCGAGAGCUGGAUUGGUGCAAACGUUUCAGUCAGCAGCUGGUGCUAAUCUCUGCCGACAACUGACGCAUCAUCAAGAGACACUUGUCACACGUCUGGGACAGAUUGGCAAAGGGGAGACAAAGGAGCCAUCACCAGAGGAGACUUGAAUUUAAUUUAUCGUGCUCUAGGAAUAAGAAGACUUUAAUAAAUCAAUAUGACAGAUUUAUUACACCUUUUUUGGUGAAAAUGAAUGAAA